AUGGAGAACAUGAUGCAGGGCAAUAAGAUCAGACGAGUUGCAGCUACUCGCAUGAAUGAGAGGUCAUCUCGAUCACACACGAUUUUCCGGAUUAUUCUGGAGUCGAAAGAUGCCAAUCAGAAAGAUGGACCUGUACAUAUAAGCUACCUUAACUUAAUGGACUUAGCUGGUUCUGAGAGAGUUUCUCUGACGAAAGCUGCUGGUGAGCGUCUUAAAGAGGGGGCUAACAUAAACAAAUCUUUGUCAGUAUUAGGAAAUGUGAUAAGGCAACUAAGCGAGGGGAAGGAGUUUAUCAGUUAUCGCGAUUCGAAAUUGACUAGACUGCUCUCACAGGCUCUUGGCGGUAAUGCCAAAUCAUUGAUUAUCGGGAAUAUCAGACCAAUGAUCCACCGCGAAGUAGCCGAUGGUCUAGAGCGUCUUUGGAACGUAAGAGUAAACUGCAUAUGGGAAGCCGAUGAAAGUAGUCGCCAUGGAGAGGUUUAUAUAUUCGACCAUGUAUUUAAUCAGGAAUGUACAAAUUCAGAUGUAUAUGGAUCUGUAGUAAAACCUUUAGUCGAUUCCUUCAUGGAAGGUUUCAAUGCCACAAUAUUUGCAUAUGGCCAAACAUCUUCUGGCAAAACACACACCAUUUUGGGCAAUAAAACAGAUCCUGGGCUUUUCCAAUUAGUAUCCAAUCAGUUAUUCCAGCAUGUGGCAGACCAGGUUGAUAAGAGGUACUUGAUUAGAUGCAGUUAUAUUGAAAUCUACAAUGAAAAGAUCAAUGACCUCCUGGAUAAGAGCAAUCAGGGUUUAACUAUGAGAAGAUAUCAAAGGAAAUGUGCUGCUUGA